CACUGGCUCACUACCGCUUGAUAGAAGCAGAGACGUGGUCGAAAACUACAAUAUACUACGGGUUUGGCAGUUAUUCGGAAAUCCGAGGGAGUUAGAAAUCAAAUUUCUGCGACCAUGUGCUAUGCGUUGGUGAACAGCUGAAGGAUUGGCGAAGAUGUUCAGUGGACGGUGACAAGUCACAAGCUUGUCACACCUCUUGUCAACGCUCAGGCGGGACAGGUAAUACAUGAAUGUGUAGCAGUUUUCACUAGCCCCUCCCCAAGAUGUCGCGUCGCUACGAUAUCUUAAUGCGGCUGCUUUUGGUGGGCGAUACGGGUGUUGGGAAGACCUGUCUGCUGUGUCGCUACGCCAAUGAUGAAUUUUUUGAUACUCACAUAUCCACCAUAGGUAUCGAUUUUAAAAUGAAAACAGUGGCUGUGGAUGGCAGAACAGUGAAGGUUCAAAUAUGGGAUACAGCAGGUCAGGAAAGAUUUGAAUCAAUCACUAAGCAAUUCUACAGAAGAGCUGAGGGGAUCCUGCUGGUGUUUGAUAUCACAAACAAAGCAUCAUUUGAAGGUGUGGGGAAGUGGAUUACUUAUAUCAGAGAGGAUUUGCGUCAGUCUGGCAGGUUAACAAGGGAGGAUCCUGUUAUGAUGUUGCUAGGAAACAAAAGUGAUAGAAAACAUAGAAGACAAGUGUCAUUUGCCCAAGCUAAAGAGUUUGCAGAAAAUUAUGACAUGAAAUAUAGUGAAACCAGUGCUAAAAGUGCAGACAAUAUUAACCAGGCUUUCUUGAGUAUCAUAACUGAUGUGUUAAGAUCAACAAACGCUAAAACUGAUAAACAGAACAAUCGUAUUGAAAACCACAGUUCUGGGGGCGCAGGAGAGGUGUUGACGGACCGUGCCCCUCUGUUGGCCAGAGGCUCUCGCUCAUCAAGUCGUGAUGAAGAGGCAGUGGAUGAACGUGGCCAGUCAAGAUGGUGCUGUUCACUGUCCUGAUGUCAAACACACACUUCACUUUUCUACAUUGUCAUUGUAGAGGACAGAUAUACACAAAUGUGACACGUGCUUGCAGUGAUGAUGACAUUGUUUCGCUGUAACUUAUUCAUCAGGACACCUUCAGCUUCGCAUGAAAAGGACACUGUGGUUUUCAGUCAUUAGUGUGAUACUUUCUGACAAUGCUGAUGACACUGCUGGUUUGUCAAAUUAUGAUGAUAUCAAAAUCCCUCUGAUGAUCACCUUGCUGGUUUAACUAAAGCCAGGAUGAUAUCUUAUUUCUGUGAUGAUGUCACUGCAGAGUUUCUGACAAUGAUAACACUGAUGCUUUGAUGAUACAUGACGUUGGCUUCACCACGUGAUGACAGUAUAGCUGCUUUCUUCCGCCAUGACACUUACCUCAUGCACUGAUAACACAGAAAACAUUGCAGCACAGAUGCUUGUCAAAAUGCUAUCCUUUCUCCAUGUUGAAGAUGCUGGCAUUUUCACACAAGAUGUCAUACUCUCUCCAGAGUGAGAACACUAAGUAUUUUGAUACAUGACAAUAGCACCCUCUGCCUUGAUUAGGACAUUCAUCUCCCCCAUUCUCUUACCCUCUGCCCAAGUUGAUGACACCCUCUCAUGAUGGGAAUGCUGGCCUGUCAUGAUGAUACACGUUCUUCCACUACUUCACCAAUCUAGCUCACAAGACACAUUCCAGCUGCUCUGUGGUGUGAGUUCUUUAUUGUAUUAAGCUUCUAUGUGAUACAUUCCUUGUUUUCACGGCGAUGAAGGGAAUAUUUGCAUCCAAACCAGAUGCUUAUGUUUAAAGUUGGCCAUGUUUUACAGUAAGCUGUGUCUUGGUGGUUAAUAGUGCUUGCCUUUGAAUUGCUUCAGAACACAAAAUGCCACUUUAAAACAAGCCGUGGAGUAUGUGGAUUUCCUCACUCCGCUGUUUGCUGGGUGAUAAGCUGUUUAUAGCAGAUCAUGUGGUUGGUGUGUAAUUCAACAGCCAUUGAAGGCCACUUGUCUUCCACCAAUAUGAUGUGCCUAAGUGUACAUCGCAUGUGGGAAAUUUCAUUACCAACUUGUCAAGGGUUGGGGCUCCAUGUAAUAAUGACCAAGGAGCCUCUCACCCAUGCGGUUGCUGUGAGUUCAAGUCCAGCUCAUGCUGGCUUCCUUUCUGGCCGUAGGUGAGAAGGUCUUCCAACAACCUGCGGAUGGUCGUGGGUUUCUGGGCUCAGCCGGGUUUCCUCCCACCAUUAUGCUGGUCGGUGUCUUAUAAGUGAAAUAUUUUUGAGUAGGGAGUAAAAAACAGCAAUCUGUCAAAUCAGUUAGUCAGACAAAGGUUUGAGGCACUCUGGUUUCUUCCACCAAUAAAACUGACUGCUACUGUAUAAGUGAAAAAUUGUGAUAUGACAACAACAGUCAGAUAAACAGAUUUAUCAGCUUACGGGCAACAUGGAUGACAGCAGUCCUAGUACACUUGCUGCUUUGUAACCCUUAGUGAUACCCGGCUUGAGUGGUUAAAUCUAGUCCUGCCAAGUUGUAAGUCAGGCUGUCCGUAUUGGAUUGCUGUUGAGGAGAAAGGCAUACACUUGAACAUCUGAGAUAUUGAAAGCACUUGCACUCAUAGGUACAUGUGAAUCGAGAACUAUUUUGCUAUUGGCACUAUUUUUAUAGGCUCUUUUUUAUUUGGUAAUGACACUUGGUGCUAUUCCCUUAAUUUUGCUUGAAAGGAAAUGUUUUUUACAUGUACAUAGACAUAUUGACAUGCUUGUCAGUAGAUGUACGUAGACAAAUUGACAUGCUUGUCAGUACAUGUACGUAGACAUAUUGACAUGCUUGUCAGUACAUGUACAUACAUAUUGACAUGCUUGUCAAUACAUGUACAUAAACAUUUUGACAUGCUUGUCAGUACAUGUACGUAGACAUAUUGACAUGCUUGUCAGUACAUGUACAUAAACAUUUUGACAUGCUUGUCAAAGACAAAAGAUAUGUCUAUGUACAUAGACAUAUUGACAGGCUUGUCAGUACAUGUACAUGUAUGUACAUUGCACACCUUAAAUGAUGAUGCCAAUUUGUUGCACCACAAAUACUAAUUUGCUCUCCCUAGCUGACAUAUAUGUAUUUCUUAUAUUGAUACAUCCAAUAAGGGUACGUUAAACCCCAAGCACUCACUUACUCCAAAAAGGGUUUAUCAAUGUGAAAAACCUGGAUAUUUUUCCAAUUCAUGUUUUAUGCUAAAUUUUUACAUUAUUACCAGAUUACAAUUUACAAACUGGUAGGGACCAACCACAGUUUUAUUUAAAACAAGAAAUGGUUUUGUGUGUCUUUUAAGACAGUUUAUCAUUAUAAUUAAGGUUGUAAUGACUUACUGUUGUUUCAUAGUUAAAGGCUAGAAGCAGUGUAUUUGGUAUACUGUAGGCCUGCAUGUGUAUGUUGACUUUCACUUGUUAUAAUAGUCAUUGUAUUUGUAGCAGUGUUUAAUGCAUCACUUUGCAGCUUAAGUGUAUUGGUUCAAAUAAAAACGAAUCUCAUAAAUUUCAAUAUAAUUAUUUUAUUUAAUGUUUUUCUUCAUAUGUUGAUGUUAUAACUCUUUGAUAUUUUGACUUAAUGGUCCAUUUUAUCAUUAAACUUUACUAUUGUAUAGUAUAAGUUGCGUUGUCUCUGACUGGCAAUGAGGUCUACAGUUCGAUGUGGGCCACUGUAUCACAGCUGUACAUUGUUGGUUACUUUAUUUCUGUGGGAGAAAUAUUUGCUUAAUUUUGCCAUUAUUUAUAAGAGUUACAUUAUAUUGUGUGAGUUGGGCCUUGGGCUUAAUUUUACCUUUUACCUUGUCUGUCAACAUACACCGUUACAGCCAUGAGAACGAAACAAGCUGAUCACUGUCAAAUAUCUUGUUUAUAGAUGUAUAGUGAUCACUUGCAUGGCCAGUUGUUGCAAGGCAUGCCAAGUUGUUAGAAGACCUAUUUGUGUUUUAGCUGUAUCCUUUUGGCAUAAGACAUGGACUGUAUUAUUUAUAUGUGAACAUUUCUGAAAGUAAGGAACAAAAUUAUUGACUGUUGUGUCAGUUCAUACUUUAAUUCUUUGACCUUUUCGCAUGUUUGCAAGGUGUUGAUUCGAGCUUGUUCUGAGAAGACUAUCCCCCGUAGAUUGAUAAAAUUUUGUGAAGUCCUGAAAUUGGUGAACCCAAACCAAUGCACAUUUAGUAUGAAAAGGUUGAGAAAUUAGGGUAAAUGUAUGUGCAGUGUAUUAUGGCAAUUUUUAGAACAGAAGGAUGCCAACAAUACUUGUUUUCAUGUUGACAGUAUGUUAAGUAUGAACAUUUUCAAAUAAGCAGCUAGGCCUAUUGACCUAAACUUUCCUCCAUGAAUUUGUUUUUAAUUUUUUCUGAUUUUGAAAGUUCUUGGACAGAUGUUCAGGGAAAAAUUGUUCAAAGGUGUAUUUAAUUUAAGUUGGGCUUAAAACUUAAUACCAGUCUCAUCCUGAUACAAAGUAAAUGACCCUAUAGACUGGACUAACGGUAAUACCGAGCUUAAGUCCUAGCACAAUUUUGAACAUCUGGACCCUAAGGUUGUUUGGAAGGAAGGAUGAUGUUCUGUUGAAAACAUGUAAGUUACAGCACCAAAAGUAACAUUUUAUGACAUUUAUGUGGCCAUAAAAAUUCACAUUUUCUGUGGAGAAAUUUGAGAUCAUUUACAGUAUAUCUUGUUGUCAUGUGAUCAUUUACAUGGGGGACUAUUUUCCUUUGGAGUUUGGAACAAUCUUACCACACUCAUGAGGUCAUGUCAGAUGAUAUUGAACAGUGAUCAGUGCCAAAUUAUGCUCCCCAGGUUGAUGGCAUACUUGGAUUUCUGUACACUAAAUUAUUACAUAUUAGUCAGGCUAACUCUUGUGAUUCUGUACAUUGUAACAUAGGCGGUACAUUGUAACGUAAGCUGUACAUUGUAACUCAGGCUGUACAUUGUGACUCAGGCUGUACAUUGUAACAUAGGCUGUACAUUGUAACAUAGGCUGUACAUCGUAACUCAGGCUGUACAAGUAACACUAUUUAUUUGGUGGUUUGAAUAACAGUUUUGUUAACUAUUGUAUGUGUGCUUACAAGUAUACUCCCAAACUCUUGUGUGAAUAUUGCCAUGUCACUACAUGGUAGUGAAGGCCUUUGAAAUUAACUUCAUUUGCAAAAAAUUACCUAGAGCCCUGUAGUUUUUAAUGAUUUUUUGUUAAUAUGAAGGCACCACCCAGCUCUGUGCAUAUGACCAUUAACACAUGUAUAGCAUUUUUUAGCCACAUAUUAGUCCGGCAGGAGACUAUCAGUUUACACCUCACCUGUCAGUCCCUCAGGAAUCAGUUUUCUGGACCUUUUUUUCAAAACAUCUGAUUGCAUUGUAUUAGCACUUAUAGCUUCACUAUGACAAGUUACAUAUCAUGUUUGGGAUUUGACCCAUUUCAUCCUUUUCGGACAAAAUGAUGGCUGUUUUUGCCCAAUUUUGGACUUAGUUUUCUGGGCUUUUUCCAAAACAGUUUGUUAUAUUGAAUUGAAGCUUGGUAUGUGGCUUCAACCUGGUAAGUUACAGAUCACCUUUGAGUUGAUGUUACAGUCGGUUUAUAUUGUGAAUUGAAGCUUGUUAUGUGGCUUCAGUCUGACAAGUUACAGAUCAGCUUUCGAGUUGAUAUUGUGGGCAGUUAAUGUUGUGAAUUGAAGCUUGGUAUGUGGCUUCACAAAUACAACUUACAGGUGAAAGAGUUUUGAACAUUUUCGUUGAAUUUCCACAUUAUUGACCGUGUUUGUCUUAUUUUUGUGGUAGCCAUUGUUUUGACGACUCAAGCUGGUAGGGGACAUGAAUUUUUCGCUAUACUUUUGCUAUUUUGCUCAAUAAUGUAAUGGUCAGAUUACAUACCUAUGUUAAAACAUGCUUUUACACAAUCUUUUACAACUCAAGUAAAAUUUGAAGACAAAAUUGUUGAUUUUUAAAAUGUUGAAAUGGGACAAUACCGUACAAAUUAUUUUGCCUUUAAGUCAGUGUGUGUUCUGCUAGCAUGUAGAAGAUUUACAGUGUAUUUCAAGUUUUAAAAAUCGUGAAUCUGUUUAAGUGUAUGGAUGCAGACUGAAUGACUGGUGCGCAUGUUUUUUGUUAAAUAUGUCCCAGCUUUUGAGAUGGCUUCCAUCUUCUGAGUUCUUGGUUGAAAGUCACAAAAUAAGCAUUUAUAGGAAGAGGAGUACACCUACUUCACCUUUCUCAAAUGACUGCUACUGUCUGAUCUGUUCAAAUGAGCACAUUUAUCUUGCUUGUACUGUUCUUACUUCCAGCAUUCUUGUAUAUAACUGUUCACAAAAUUAUCAUUAAAUGU